AUGUCAGAGUUCUGGCUAAUUUCUGCCCCAGGAGACAAAACAAAUCUGCAGGCAUGGGAGAGAAUGAACACUGUGACAUCUAAAUCCAACCUGUCUAGCAACAGUAAAUUCCAUAUUCCAGACUUAAAGGUGGGGACACUGGAUGCUCUUGUUGGUCUGUCAGAUGAGUUGGGAAAACUUGAUAGCUUUGCUGAAAGCGUAAUAAAGAAAAUAGCCCAGUACAUAGGAGAAGUUAUGGAGGACUCAAAAGAUAAAGUCCAGGAAAAUCUUUUGGCCAAUGGAGGGCUAAAGGAUAAAAUGAAAUGCCUCCAAAUUGACCUAAUUAGCUACUUGACACGGUUUGAGUGGGACAUGGCCAAAUAUCCCAUAAAGCAGCCACUGAAGAAUAUAUCAGAAGCAUUAGCAAAGCAAGUGACUCAAAUAGAAGCAGACCUAAAGACCCGAUCAGCUGCAUACAACAACAUCAAAGGAAAUUUGCAAAGCCUGGAGAAGAAAACCAUGGGAAAUCUGCUGACCAGGACCCUGGCAGACAUUGUGCACAAAGAAGACUUUGUUCUGAAUUCCGAGUAUCUUAUCACGUUGCUCGUCGUGGUGCCAAAGUCAAGCUACCUACAGUGGCAGAAGACCUAUGAAUCACUCUCAGAUAUGGUAGUACCUCGCUCCACCAAAAUGAUUGCUGAGGAUGCAGAGGGAGGACUCUUCACUGUGACCCUGUUUAGGAAAGUGAUGGAUGACUUUAAGGCUAAAGCCAGGGAGAACAGAUUCAUGGUUCGAGAAUUUUAUUAUGAUGAGAAGGAACUGAAAUGUGAAAAGGAAGAGCUGAUGAAAUUAGCUUCCGACAAGAAACAACAAUAUGGCCCCUUACUGCGCUGGCUGAAGGUAAACUUCAGUGAAGCAUUUGUGGCUUGGAUUCAUGUGAAAGCCUUGAGAGUUUUUGUUGAAUCUGUCCUGAGGUAUGGCCUCCCUGUGAAUUUCCAAGCAAUGCUGCUGCAGCCAAAUAGGAAGUCUGUAAAGCGCCUGAGAGAUGUCCUGAACGUGGUCUUCAAACACCUGGAUGAAGUUGCAGCAGCAAGUAUAAUGGAUCCUGGCAUGGACAUCCCUGGGUUACAACUGAGUAAUCAAGAAUACUAUCCUUAUGUCUAUUUCAAGAUUGACCUCAGUCUUCUUGACUGCAGUUAA